GUGCCUCUAUUUCCUUCCUCUUCCACCCACCUGCCAUUUACGGUCGGUCCUUGCCUCGCUCCCUCCCUCCCUCGUGCUCCUCCCCUUCCCCUCCUCCCGCCUCCACGCCAGUCUUUAUAACCCCCGCACCCGGGCAGGCGCUCCCCCUCCCCAAUCAGACGGCUCGGCGAUUGGCCUCACGGCGAGCUAUCUAGGUCACGAGGAAUCCACUCCCGACUGCCGUUAGGCUGCCCGGCUGGCUUGCUGCCGCCGACAGCCUUGGCGAAUCGCGGUCCUGAUAGGCGCCCCUCCUCCCGGCGAUGGGGGGUCGCAAUCGGCGAUGGCCGACGAAGCGCCACCACGACGCCUCUUCGAACCCUCGCCCCCCGCCUCCGUAUUCCGGAUACAGUCACGUGGAUAAUCAAUGCCAAGUCCCAUUAUGGGAAAGGGAAUUUUGCAGUCUUGUUGGUGGCAUUUCGUGGCAGAGGUUCUGCGAGAACAAGCACUUUGCCUAUAUGUACAAGGAGAUAGAGCAGUGGGAUGACUCGGGAGCUUUUGAGAAUUUCCAGAAUGCAAAAUCAAGGUUCUGGUCUCAUUACCAUGGCCAACCUUCUGAUAUACCUUACCCAGACCCUGAUCUGUACAUUGAUGAGGUCGACCAUCGUGGCGAGGUCGACCCCGAGUUGGUAGCUGACCUGGACAAGGUGCGGGUACCCUUUGAGGCGGACAACGAGCCCGCCGUAGCUGCCAAUAACAGGUGUGCCCAGAACCAGACGGGGAACUGGGACAUCUAUCUAGAAAAGCCGACCCCUGAGGUGAACAAGUGGGAGGCGGACAACUCGGCAUCCAACACAGGUUGGGCAGCGAGUCAGGAGCCUCUGAGCAGCUGGAACAAAAUCAGCACCGGCUGGGGUGAUGCCCUGGCGCAGCCCGGUUGGGGCAGCUCAAGCAACAACCAUUGCUCAGGGAAUAACUGGAACAGUUCCCAUGGAGCAUCCAGCAACAAUAACACAUACUACCAGGAUCCAUGCAGCGCAUAUGGCAGGAAGAGGAACAGUGGCGGCGGGUACUCCCAGCAGAGGAACAGCAAGCAGAGAAACCAGGCUGAGAGCCACCACCAGAGGGGCAGAUGGCAGGAUCACCGGGACAGGGGGAGGCAUGGUGAGCGGUUUCCGUUUGACAAUAGGCCAAACGUGCAGCGAGCGGAGCGUGGGUUCUGAGUUGGUGGCGAUGAGAGUGAGCGAGAACCGUGGAAAGGUUUUGGUUGUAUGAUAAAUGAUGCGCGGUUUCUAGUGUCUUUUAUGCGGAGCUGCAGGUUGUAAUGGCUGGAUGUUGCAACAACGCUUUACCUGUAAGGAGAUGUGUCAGGUUU